GGUGAUUUAAAUAAGCAAUAAUAAUAGUGGAUGAUUGGAUUCGGCAAGCGGUUAUAUGCCUGGAAAUGGAAUGAGAGUAAAAUCAAGAACAUUAAUUGCCCCAUUUCCACUUCACUGAAAUCGCGAGGGUCCAAUAUCUUCACUAACAGGUUUUGUAUAAGCCCAGAAGAUUUAUAUCAACUACUAUGGCGUCCAAAGAGUCUGCUGACAACAAUCCAGGACUCCAAGCUUCUGUGGAUGAGGCCACCAAAGGCUAUUUCUUGCAGCAAACUAUGCUUCGUGUGAAGGACCCUAAAGUCAGUCUUGAUUUCUACUCUCGGAUAUUGGGGAUGUCGUUGCUUAAGAGGCUGGAUUUUGAGGAACUGAAGUUCACCUUGUACUUCUUGGGAUAUGAGGACACAUCGUCAGCUCCCAGUGAUCCCCAUGAACGCACAACCUGGACAUUUAGUCAGAAAGCUACGCUCGAGCUUACACACAACUGGGGUACUGAAUCUGAUCCAGAAUUCAAGGGUCAUCAUAAUGGAAACUCAGACCCUCGUGGUUUUGGACACAUAGGUAUUACUGUCGAUGAUGUGCACAAGGCAUGCAAGAGAUUUGAGAGUUUGGGGGUGGAGUUUGUAAAGAAACCUGAUGAUGGAAAAAUAAAGGACAUAGCAUUCAUCAAGGAUCCUGAUGGCUACUGGAUUGAAAUCUUUGACACUAAAACAAUUGCCAAAACAACUGCUAAGGCUGCUAUUUGAUCUUAUGAGCCUAUCCAGGUACUUCCACGAGAUGAUCGCGUUAAUGGAUGCUUCCCAUCUUAAAUAGCUAGAAUCUUUUCUCUUGGAAAAAAACCCAAUAAGUUGAUUUACACAGUACUCUGUUUUGAUGAGAAUGAGCUAUGUUGUUUGUCGCAUAAGUGUUGAUCUUAGACCAGGAAUGCUACUGCACCAGUCGUUAUUUGGUUACUGAAUUGAUGCAACUUGGAAGUUCUUUGAGA